AUGAGUGCUGAGGGUGAAACUGCUGUAGUUGCUCCCCAAGACGUUGAGCUCCCAGCAGUUGAAGAUAGCGACCAGAAGAAAGCUGAAAUAACUGAUGAGAAGAAAGAGGCUAAGGACGAUGACGUAGAAGAAAAAGAAAAGAAGAAAGAGAAGAAAUCCCGUCGAGAUUCGAGAUCACGCUCAAGAAGCCGCUCGCGUUCUAGUUCACGCUCA